GGAGCACACAUCUGAGGAAUCUAAACUCAGGAGACAAUUCACCAGUGAAAACAUGAAGUCUGUGAUCCUCGCUCUUUUGGUGGUGUUGGUUGUCGGCCACAGUGAAGCCUUGAAGUGUAACAAGUGCAUUACGAGUCACUGUUCACGCAGCACUGAGACCUGCUCUGGUUCAGACCAAGUCUGUAUAUUCUUUAGGUUUGACCCCCCUGGUAACAGAUACUUCCAGAGAUGCUCUUCAGCAGCUGAAUGUCAAAGAUUUAUGCAUUCAAGGAUAGGAACCGGGUUCUGCUGCAGCUCUGAUCUGUGCAACUAAACAAUGAACAUAGUGCAACACAUCUUCCAGUGAAUGAACUGUAAGGGAAAUGUAACAUUUUGACCACAAUAUGAUCAUGUUAAUUUCCCCUUUGAUUGAUCAUGAUUGAAUCUCAUACAAUGUAACCUUGAU